UUAUUUACUAAAUUUUAUAACAAAAACUAAGAAAAAACAUGUUUUUCAAAACUUUCAGUGGUUUUUGGUUUAAAAAAAAAAAAAAAAAAACCCCAGUGGUGAUUAAAUACCACCAAAAGAAAGCUUUAUUUGUGUGGAAAAAAAAAUGAUAAAAAUUUAAUAUGGGUACACUGUUGCAUGACUGCGCAAUUGUCAUCCAAAGUGUGACAGUGUCGAAAGCUGAAAAUUGGACUGGGCAGGAAGGGGGGUGAAAGUGCCGGUAUUAAAGUAGUUAAU